GAGGCGCGCCAUCGUCCGCCCGCUGACAUAAACAGGAGGCUUGCUUUGGACUGAAAUUUGUAACCUUUGCCUCGCUGGUUGGAACAGUUCUGAUGUAGAGGUGAACAUGGAUCCCUGUGACAAAUGACAGUUUCAAGAAUAUAAGGUUCCACGCUGACAAAUCCUGAACCAAGAUGGUGGACAUCACUUCCGGCAUAACGCUGCGACCAAUCUAUAGCCGUCUCAUCAGUGAGCGAGGGGCAACUAACAUACAGUCCGUCUCUGUAGCCAACCGCAGCACAAAGUACGUGUCUGAUAUAUGUACAACCCUCAUCGACAUCCAAUGGCGCUGGAAUCUGUUGCUAUUCUUUGGAGGUUUCACACUGACAUGGCUUAUCUUUGCCGCCUACUACUAUCUGCUGGCCUACGUGCAUGGAGACUUAUUCAAAACAACCGACGAUGAUUGGUUGCCCUGUGUUGAAAAUAUCCAAUCAUAUGCAUCGGCAUUUCUUUUCUCGAUUGAAACAAUGACAACGAUUGGUUAUGGGUAUCGCUUCGUGACUGAAGCUUGUCCAGGGGCUUACUUAGGUGUCAUAGCACAGUCGAUACUUGGAGCGGCAUUACAGUUUGCAUUGGCUGGUCUCGUAGUUGCAAAAGUGAGACGAUCCAAGAAAAGAUCAGGCACGAUUCUUUUCAGCAAAGUAGCUUGUAUUUUUGCAGAGGAUCUUAAACUUCGGUUGGCAAUAAGAGUUGGUGAUAUGCGCAAGUCACAUAUCAUAGGAGCCCAUGCGCGUGGUUAUUUUAUCCUGAAAACCUUCUCUAAAACUGGUGAUAAGAUCCCUGUACAGUAUUUCAAUAUGGACUUCAGAUCAGAGGGAGGUGAUGAACGGUUGUUCCUGCCGUGGCCCACGUAUAUCGUCCAUAACAUUGACGAAGAAUCACCCUUGUAUAAUUUGUCUAGAGAUGAUGCCAUGCAGGAGAAUUUCGAACUGAUAGUUGUCCUGGAAGCGGUGUCGUCAACCCUCAGUGCUUCGUUCCAAGUAAGGAAGUCCUACCACCCCUGGGAAAUUAGGUGGGGGCAUAGAUUUCUCCCUCUAGGCGUCACAUACCAGGAUGUGUUUGACGAACACGUCAUAGACUACGAACACUUUCACGACACCAAGGCGGUGUCUACUCCCAUGGUGAGCGCUAAGGACAUUGAUGAGAUGGCCAAGCAGGGAAACCUGUCCACCGAGAAUCUUCAGAGAAGACGAGAUUCAAGAGCUGAGAGUGAUCUUUUCUUCAGACAGAAGACAGUCUCGGAUACCUUCCUAGGAGCAGAGGAAGACCUAAGUGUGAGUGAGUUUUCCAUGUCAGACUCCAUGUCAUUGCAGGAGACGCUGAGGAGGAUCAGUACAGUUACUUACCAUGGUCCAGGAACAUUUGAGAAGAGGAGGACGAUUAGAGAUGUGUUCCGAAGUCCCCCCAUUGCUUAUAGCAGGACAAGGAGACACAGUACUGGGCAGUUUCUGGAUAGUUUAACCCGAAACCGUCGUCCCAGUCACGAUUUGUCUUCAAGUCGUCGACCAAGCCAAGAUUCAUCCGGUCGUCGAACUAGUCAAGAUCUGAUUUUCAACCGUCGGACAAGUUUUGAUUUCGUUCCCGUCAGAAAACACUCGAUGGGUGGGGAUUCAAGUGAUCUGGCUUCUAUAGACGAGGGAGAAUACACAGACGAGUUGGGGCAACAUGAAGAAAGUGGUCCGAGGUAUAUAAAAAGGAAAAAGGUGACGUUGAACAUGGCACCCGUCACCGAAACUUUGAGGAAGAGAAGUGACCCUGGGAUGUCUUUCACAAGGCCACAGUCCGCGUUACAUCAGAGAAGAAGACAUAGCACUUGGCAAUUUGCAGAACAGGAUUCGUUCAUUAGAGACUACAAGCAAAUCCAUCCCGAGUUGUAUUUAGAUCCACAUAUAGAGGAAAUCGAAAGUGGGGCUUCUGAUGAACAAGAUUCAGACAAUGGAGGUGCUGCUAAAGAAGAACAAAGUCGUGAUGAUGAUGAGAAUUUGAAUGCACAGGGAUAUGCAGAUGAAAACCUAGUCUCACCACCGAAAGACGGGACCACAGUGCAAGAAUUAGGUGACAGCAAGAUCGUUAUAACUGGAUCCUUCAGAAGGAAGUAUGUUGUGCAAAAGGUGCCUGAAAUCGUGAUAGAAGAUGUUUCCACUUCAGCUGCGGAGGGGGCUCAUUUACAUACGAAUAUGGAAGUUUUUACAGAAGACGCGGAUGAAGAAGAUGCAGUGAGAGAUGACAAGGUGGAAGACGCUGAAGUUGAGAGGUGUCUAGAACACAACGAUCCUCCAACUUCUCCUGAGAAGGGAACAUCACUUGCUGACACAGAUAGCAGCCCUGAAGCAGUAAACUUUGCCUACGUGUAUGACUCUGAAGACGACAUCGGUUACAGAGAAGACAUCUUGCCUGGUGACAUGGCUGACGGUGAUGAGCACAGGCAGAAUGUCAACUAUGGGUUUGAGUCGGACGACGAGCUCGCGGCGGACGGCAAGAAGGAUAAGAUGGAGGAGGGAGGAAGGAAAGAAGGAUAAGGAAAGUAUCCACCGUCUACAUAAAGUAUAUGGCAGAGGGUUUGGAAUUUCCCUUACAAUGCAACGUUCUGCUGCUUCUAACAAGGUGUAUAGGUCUCUAACGAUUCAGCGUCAUACCGACACACGUUUAACCCUAACCAUAUAAUAACCAAUGCUGUGAUAUUUGUGCUGAAGUCAAGUGCCUGUCCACUUCAUGGAAAAGCGUACCAGGUUUAUUUUUAGUCGCUUUUCAUGUAUUUUUCAAAUAUGUUCGCGGAAAAAAUAAACAAGAACAAAACACUUUCAAAUGUGGUCAAUCCUUCACUUGUGUGUACCUUGUGGGGCGGUUAAUCCUUGAAUGCACCCUGUAAUU